CUGUCCGACUUUUUGGACUCACAGGACAGGUGGAGAGAUGUAAUCGUGUCCAUACGGAAGCCGAGCGGGGAGCUGAGGUACUCCCAGCAUCACGUCAGGAGAUUUGAGGGUCUUGUAGCUCAGGGGAAAAGUCCCACAGUGGAGCUGCUGAAUGACUGGGGAACCACCAACUGCACAGUGGGAGAACUGGUGGACAUUUUGAAGAGUAACAUGUUGCUGGCUGCUGCCAGUUUCCUGCUACCAGAGGAGUUUUCAUCAGCAGAAUCGCAGCAAGUCUCUUCAGUGGAAACAUACAGUGAACGUCCAACCAGACUACUGGAAGAGAUUAAGGCUCAGCCCCCACCCACAAGUUCCACUCUACAGACACAAGUGCUGCUGGGAAACGAUGACCCUGGACUCACUGGGACUGGAGGAUGGAAGUCCUCCUCUUUCCUGGCGACAGAGAUGCUCGAUAGCAGAAGGAACAGCCAGAGGUUUGGAGUAUCUGCACUGCAAUCAUCACGUACACAGAGACGUGAAAAGUGCAAACAUCCUGUUAGAUGAAACUUUUGUGGCAAAGAUCUCUGACUUUGGGCUGACGAGGGCAUCGGCCAGUCGCACACUGACCACGAUGAUGACUGAGAGGAUUGUGGGAACCCGUGCGUACAUGGCACCAGAGGCACUGAGAGGAGAGAUCACCUCAAAAUCUGACAUCUUCAGCUUCGGGGUGGUGUUGUUAGAAAUAUUGUCUGGACUCCCUCCAGCUGAUGAAAACAAGGAGCCACAGUUCUUGAUGGAUAUGCGGUAUGAUAUAGAUGAUGAAGACGAGGAUCUGACUCUGGAAGAGUUUGUGGAUAAGAAGAUGAGAGACUGGGAGCUGAGUCAAGUGGAGACGAUGUAUUGUCUGGCGUCUAACUGCUUGCAUGAUCGAAAAAACAGACGCCCAGUCAUCAAACAGGUCAUUUCAGAGCUCCACAGUGUCAUCAAGAACAUUUCACUGAACUCUGAAGGACAGAAGUGAAGCUCGAAUCAAUCUCAUCACUCGGACUGACAAAUCAUGUCGAACCAAGGAUUAAAUCCUCAAGUGGUUUGUGGAGAAAUAGGCAGCUAUAGUGAAUUGGUUAAAACACUUGCAACAAAUGCAUUUUGUCAAAUCAUGAUGAAAAAAAAAACCCUUAAUAGAUCAUUUGAAUGAACUGUCUGAAAUGUGAUAUUAAAGAAGUUUUAGAAGCACAUUUUUGUGCUGUAGCUACAAAAAUAAAUUAGGCAAGAAAGGCUUGAUUUUAUUUUUUAUUUUUCCUGCAAGCUAGCAAAACUUUUCUGUCCAGCUGGGAAACCCUAAUAUCCAAAUAUUGUUUGAGAUGUCUUUAAAAUGACACCAAACACUCAUUAGAAUAACCUAAAAAUGGGACUCAGGCAAAAUAAUGGUAUCAAAAU